AUGACACAGACCCAGCAACUUGCAGAUAGCACUUUAGAAGAAGCCGUGUCAUGGCUUUCUCUAAGCGAAGUAUCGCCACAUAGUCAGCUCGAAGACCUCAUACAGGAUGAGUUUCGUCCACACCUGGAAAGCCAUCAAAGAAUAACCCGACUGGAAGCCGAUGAUCCGUAUUUUCAGCCUGCACGAGAACUCUGGAAAAGAAACGGUUGGGAUGGUGAAGGCUUAUCCAACUUCAUAGGCUUGCUCUGUGGCAUCUUGAACUUCCCAGCUAUCCUAUUGCUCAAUCCAAGCGAGUGGGACAAUCUUCCAUGGAAUGAUAUGAUCCGAGAAUCACCUACGUUGAGCUGGCUGCAGCGGACUCUGGAGCCUUUGGGCUUAACAUUGCGCGAUAUCAUUAUUAUCGAUGUUUUUCCUUUGCUGACGAACACAAGAAUGGAUGCCAUGGGAGCCCAAGAAAAACAACGUGUGACGAAUGAAGUGUUUAACCUUACUAUCAACUUCCUUCGCCAUUUCAAGCCACCAGUGAUUAUCUCAUGUCAAUGUGCAACCAGGGGGUCACAUGGUCGUUGGGGUAUUGUCGACAACCCACUUGCUCUGUCAUUAUGCUCCUCAGUCGACGGUGCUCGCCGUCAGGAAGUAGCAUCUAUGUCUGUGGAUGAACACCGUAUUCGUGUUGUACAAGCAUUCCAUCCCAUGAAAAUAUUAUACGAAGAAAACUUGGGAGCCCGCUCAGAGUAUGACCAAGUUCUUCGCAGCAUUCUUGAGACGGUUUACCGACCCUGUUCAGCUUGGAGAAACCGGCAUCGCCAAGAAUGUGAGGAAAAUUUACAUUCGGCGGCGGAAGAAAUCAGGUCUACAAUGAGAGCCUUUUUGGACAGCAUUACAAAAUAUCAUCGAGUUCAGCGCCGAGCAAUCACUUUUGGAAUCGGUACUGCCCAGAUGAGGAGCCCUGUGGUGUCUAACUGGGAAGGGCUGAGAGCCGAUGUUCGUUCAUUUGUUGCUAAUAUGCUGCCAGAGGUUUAA